GUUGGUCAAUUACGUUUUAGAGAAAACUACAAGGAAUAGUGAAGGGAGGCUGGUGAUGCCAUUACUCUGGAACCCUAGAGUUUCUCACCUUUUGGGACAUAACUUCAAUAUAUCAGAGAAAAUACUGUCAAGCCUGCAAAGAAAAUUGCAAGGAAAUUUAGAUGAUAAACUGAAGCAGAUAAAUAUGGUAUUUAAGGAGCAAGCGGAUGCUGGAAUAAUAGAGAGAAUUGAAAAUUUAGAUCAAUUCAAGAAGGAGCAUCCAGAGUCCAGUUUCAUGCCUUUUAUGGGCAUUUUUAAGCCUGAUCGUGAGACCACAAAAUGUAGGGUUGUGUUCCUAUCCAAUUUGAGUGACAAAGGAAGUAUGAAUCACAAUCAAACUAUGCAUGCAGGUCCAGCAUUAAAUCAGAAACUCUCCACUUCCAUUAUCAAUUUGAGGUUCGGAAGCAAACUAUGUUGCUUUGAUAUAAAGAAGGCAUUCAACAAUAUAGGUCUUGAGGAAGUCGACCAAAAUCGCCUUUGUUUUUUGUGGUUUAGAAAUCUUGAAGAGGGAGAUUUUUCAAUUAUUGGCUAUAAGAAUAGUAGACUUCCUUUUGGACUUAGAUGUUCACCUGCAUUAUUGAUGCUUGGAUUAUACAAGAUAUUGAUACUGGAUUCUACGAAUGAUUCUUUUCCAUUGAUGAAACUCAAGAGAACCAUUUAUCAGUUGUCUUAUAUGGACAACUGUGCAUUUACGGCAGAAACGUCGGAGUGUUUGUUGUGGAUGUAUACAAUGUUGGAGGAUAUUUUCAGUCCAUAUAAGUUUUCACUUCAGCAGUUUUUGUCUAAUGACAUGUCAUUACAGAAAGAUAUUGACAAAAUUCAGGAAACAGAGACUCCAACAAAAAGUAAACUGCUGGGACUUGAGUGGGAUCGAAUGAGUGAUACAUUGUCUACAAAACCCAUACAACUGGAUAUAAAUUCAUCAACAAAAAGAGAAGUUUUAUCUACUAUAGCUUCACAGUUCGAUCUUCUUAAUUUCAACGGACCUAUACUGAAUCGAGCCAGAUUGUUUCUACACAGAUUGCAGUGUAGACCAGAACUAGAUUGGGAUGAAAAACUUACUGCUCCGUUGAUCAAUGAAUGGAAGAAUAUCUGCAAGCAGGCCAAUUCUGCACCUUCUGUAGAGUUCCCACGGAAUUUUGGUGCUCGUACUGACAAAUAUAAAUUGGUUGGGUUUGCUGAUAGUAGUAAGGUUCUGUUUGGCACUGCAGUGUAUCUGUAUAACUUAAAUACAAAUAAGAUCUACUUUAUUUUAGCAAGAAAUAAACUGGUGAGUAAACAAUUGGAGUCAAAAUCCAUACCAAGCUUGGAAUUGCAAGCUCUUGCAUUAACCGUUGAAACUGUAAAGGAUUUGAAGAAUGAACUUUCAGGAUUUGGUUGCAUUGAUCCUAUUGAGAUAGUUGGAUGUGAAGUCUACUCUGACAGUUUGGUGGUACUGACCUGGCUGCAGUCUUACGCCUUGAAACUUGACAAACUACAAAAAAAGCAACCCUUUGUACUCAAUAGGUUAGAGUAUAUCAAUAAGCUGUGUGAGGAUUCUUGUAUGAAAUUUUCUUUUGUGUCUGGAGAAGAUAAUCCAGCAGACUGCAUCACCAGACCUUUAUCCUUUAGGCAGCUGAUGAAAACAAACUAUAUAACUGGUCCUAAGUUCAUUACAGAGAGCGAAAGCAAUGUGAUCUGUAGUGACAGCACAUUGUCUUUUCAUAUACCUGGAUUAUUUGAACCAAAACGAGUGCAUAAAGUGGAGGCAAAUUGUGGUAGUGCUUGUUCACCUCCGCAUGUGGGCUCGGAACAUCUUUUCUCUUUUAAUAGGGUUUCUAGUUUUGAGAAGGCUGUGAGAGUGCAUGCGGUGGUGCUCAGGUUCUGCAGCAUUUUGAAAUCUAAGUUUAAAAGUAAACAUCCAGCUCUAGAUCAUUUUGAAGUUGAAGAUGAAGGCUUUAACUUUUAUGAUGAAGCCUGUAGGCAGAUUAUAAUCAGGGAUCAACAUAUUCACUUCCCAGAUGUCUUUGAUUAUUUUCACUCAAAACAGAAGCAGUUGAAGAAUCUGCCUAACAUUGUUGCACAGUUGAACUUGUUUCUUGAUUCGGAUGGCAUGGUAAGGGUAAAGAGUAAAUGCCGAAGAUUGAAGGAAGUCCAACAUCUUAACAAAUUCAACUAUCCUAUGCUAAUAUCGAAGGACAGUAUAUUGGUUCCUCUGAUUAUAAGGGAAUUGCACGUGAAGCUCUCACAUGCUGGUUGUUAUCCUUUGUUGGCGGAACUUAGAAGAAACUUUUGGAUUACCCAUAUAUACUCGACUGUGAAGAAAGUUCUGUCAAACUGCAUCACUUGUAAGAGAGUAAAUGAGAGGGUAAUUAAACUAAAUCAAAGUCAUUACCCAGAGUUCAGGAUUAAUCCUGAAAACGUACCGUACAGGCAGAUUUUUAUUGAUCAUAUGGGUCCAUUUAAAAUAAAGAAUGAACAAGGAAAUACUGUCAAGGUAUGGUUGUUAUGUAUUACGUGUCUGUGGUCUCGGGCUAUUAACUUGAAAAUUUGUAUGGAUUUAACUUCAGAGGAAUUUAUUAGAGCAUUACAACUUCAUACAUAUGAAUUUGGCAUUCCCUCCUUAUGUCUGUCUGAUUUGGGAUCGCAGUUCGUUGCUGGUGCAAAUCAGAUCUCUAGUUUCCUCAGCGAUUACGAGACAAAUGCAUAUUUACAGGAACAUGGAAUUAAAUCCUUUAAAUUUGAACAAUAUUACAAGGGAUGUAAUCAACUCGGCUCGUUAGUAGAGUCUUGUGUGAAACUAACCAAGCGCUUAUUAUUUGGAGCAAUACGCAAUAAUGUUCUUCCCCUUCGGGAUUUUGAUUUUAUUGUUCACAAAACUAUACAUUUGGUGAACAGAAGGCCAAUUUCAUUUAAAGAGUCUCUUAGGGACUCUUCAGGAGAGAGCAUUCCAGAAAUCAUUACCCCGGAGAUGUUGAUUCAUGGCAGAGAAUUGGUUUCCAUCAAUAUAAUCCCUCAACUACAAGGCCCAACAGAUCCCGAUCCGGAAUUCAAUGCAGAUCAGAUUCCUUCAUCAUUACUGAAACUACAAAAUGUACGACAUAAUCUCAUUAAAAUAUACAAUGAAGAAUUUAUUGGGAAUCUGAUAUAUCAAGCCGUGAAUAAAAAAGACCGAUACAAGCCCGUUCAACAUAAAGAACUUAAAGUUGGAGAUAUAGUACUUUUGAAGGAACCCUUAGCUAAACCCUGUAAUUAUCCAAUGGGACGCAUUAAGGAAAUUAUAACAAAUAUAAACAAUGAAGUUACGGCUGUGAAAGUCUUUAAAGGGAAAACUGGAGAAAUAUUAAAACGGCACUCUAGUUCUAUAAUUCCUCUUUUGUCAGUCCCAGGCGAUGAUGAGAAGCAAGGUGUACCAGACACUAAUAAUGUUCAUAUUGUAUCAUCACGUCCUAAAAGAAAAGCAGCUAUACAGGCUGCUGCCAAAAUUCACCAAAUUUUGGCUGAAUCUGAUUAGGGAUUUUUCAUUACUGUUAAUAUUGUUUUAUUUGGAUUCUUUUGGUUGGUUUUUAUUUUUGGGUAAUUUUCAUGUAAAUACAUUUACAUUAUAUACUUUUGAUUUCAUACUAAAUCAAAAUCUCUCCCCUGGAGUGUAGAAAAAUAUGUAUUUAAUUCCUUUAAUUUUACUAGUUCUAAAAAAAAUAUGCAUUAUCACUACGGCAUCAGUAUUAAAGUACUUUACCUAUGUAAUUACUUAACUAGUCAAUUUUAAAAUUAACGUAAUUUUAAUAAAUAGCUUUUCUCGUCUAAUCCUUUUAAAUGGUUAUUGCCGUAAACAAACCACCAAUUUUAAUGCGGAAAAUGUUUUCUUUGUUUACUGAGUGACGAAGAACCGGCAGUACCUGUCAAGAACUUAACAACAGCAGUCUUCAGCAGAAGUUCCAGUCAUACUUACCGUGGAUUAAACUUUGAAGUGAUUUAGUGACAUAUGGAUCUUAUCAUUUGCAUCACGGUCAUGUGUUACGCAAAUAUGGAAUAAUUCUAUCAAGUUACCAUUGGACCCGGACCUGCCAAAGGGGAACCCGCUUACCUAUCUCCUAAAUCACACUAAAAACAAGAUGUGUUUGUAUACUUUCGGAUUCAUUUCAUUGGCCUCCGGAUGAUGCAGCCCAAGUACUCACUUUCUAUCCUUAUGGUUCACGUCAAGUGUUUGUUUGUCAUUCAGAAGUUUAUUUUUGUGGUUCGAUUAUAUACAUUACAAUUAAAUUCAUUGUAACUUAUA